AUGUUACUCUCCUAUUUAAGUGUCCUCUUAACUUGUGGUAUUGCCUUAGGACAAUAUGUACGAGAACAUACUCCAGCUGAACGAAUGAGAAUUUUGGGUCCCUUGGCUUUUGCUGAUGCUCGUGUGAUAUUUAACUGUCCAGCAUUAACUCCAUCACCAACAGUUCCAACAUCAGUUCAUGCUUUACGACCAGCUGAUAUCAAACAUAUAGCAUCGAUGGGCGAUAGUUUAACAGCUGCAAAUGGUGCUAAAGCAUUCUCAGUAGUUGCUGUUAUAGUCGAAUAUCGAGGUGUUUCAUGGAGUAUUGGUGGAGAUGAAAAUCUUCAAAAAGUUGUCACCUUAGCCAAUAUUUUACGACAAUUCAAUAGUAAAUUAGAUGGUUAUUCACUUGGAACUGGUAAUCGAAAUUCUUCAAAAGCUGGUUUUAAUGUUGCCAAAGCUGGUGCUAUUUCUUCUGAUAUGCCUAGUCAAGCAAAUCUUCUUGUUGAACGAAUGACUCAAGCAUUAGGUGCUGCAAAAUUUGCUGCAGAUUGGAAAUUGGUUACAUUCUUUAUUGGUGGUAAUGAUCUUUGUAGUUAUUGCAAAGCUACCGAUCGAUUCAGUCCAGCUAACUAUGCAAAUAAUAUUAAACGUGCAUUAGAUAUUCUUAAAGCUCGAAUGCCUCGUACACUAGUUAAUUUUGUAACUGUUCUUAAUGUUGCUGAACUUAAAGAUUUACAUGAAGGUGUUCGAUGUCAAACAUUACAAAAUUUCAUGUGUGAUUGUGGUGUUGAUAAGAAAACACGUGACCAAAUACGUGUGGCGAAUAUUGAUUAUCAACGAGAAACAACUGCAUUAAUUGAUUCGGGUAUUUAUGAUACAUCUGAUGAUUUUACUGUUGUUCGACAACCAUUUAUGGAACAUAUGAAAGUACCUGUUACGAGCGGUGGUUCGGCUGAUUUCUCAUAUUUUUCACCUGAUUGUUUCCAUUUCAGUCAAAAAGGUCAUGAAGCUGCUGCUGUUGAACUUUGGAAUAAUAUGAUGCAAAAAGUUGGUCAAAAAACAACAACCUGGUAUUUAGCAGAUACACUUCAAUGUCCUUCCACAGGAAAUGGAUACAUCUAUACGUCGAAGAACAGUGCUUGA